GUUCAAACCCGUGUCAGUAAUGCUGUUCCGCUUUCUUUCUGGUUGUGGGAGCGCUUUGAAGUAUGUCGCCCUUCUUCGGAUCCAAUACGGCGCGUGAUUGAGUGUUUAUCACACUCCCCUCAUCUCCUCGCUCCACUCCAACGUUCCAUCCAUUUCACCCAUUCAUUCCCAGUUUACUCGAUUCUCCGACUUUGAAGGCUCCACCUACUCAUUAAUGAUCCCAAUUGGCCGUCAUACUUUAGGACUGCCUCUUCCUUUUACCAUUUAUGCCAUCGCAGUGUCGUACCCGAAGUUGAGUGAUGUCGCACUCAGGAAGAGUGAAUCAUCUGCUGUCAAUGCGAUAAUGACUGGCUAUCCUUGUUUCUUUGUUCAUCGUAGUGUCCAGAAGCUCAUAACAAUUUGUUAGGAAGAGUUUGGACUUGACGGCGAAAUGUGUCUGUUGUGUCCCACAGACAAAACUGCAGAGUACGAAAAGGAAUUC